CAGUCGCACAACUCCGGGGGCUCUGAGGUGAAGUUCAGGGCAAAGGUUUCCCCGCAUAACAAAAUGGGCGCUCUAGCAACACCGGCAAUCUUCAGUGGGCGAGCUGCAAUGACACAAGCAUACCCUUUUGAUCCAUAACGAGGCUUGCAUGUGAGGUGAGACGUUGCGCAGCUUGAGGAGUCACCCCGGGAGUCACUCACAAUGAGCUUAUAUAUACUACCUAGUGGAGAGUGAAUCCAGCAUUGACAGCAUGGGGACAGCAUAUCAGCUUGGGUUGAUUUUUGAAACCUGCCAAGUGAUCAGCAGCGUGCGCUCAGUGGCCUGGCGUGUUCUCAGUCUCUCCUACCUUUCCAAGUGGUAUGGUCGGUCUCCCACUCUCACAAUAGUGUACCCAGUGAUGUUUACUUUUUGUUAGACUCCAAAUGCCCGCCAGUGGGUACGCGCCAUUUUUGGUACGCAGAUACUAGUAGGGCGCCAUGCUGAGCACUUGAGACGCGAAAUUCGGAUAUAAGGGACGUCGGAAGGAGACGAGAUGUGUACAUGAAGGAGACUUGUUGAUCAGUCUUCAGCGGUGUGCGAGUCGGCUGCCCAACUGUACUGCCUAAGCGCUUUUGAGGUGUUGUAGUAAGCCCCCCCCGGAGACAGCUCAGCCAUGUCUUCAGAUCUGGAUGCAGUGAGAAAGGGACUAGAAGGUCACCUGCCCUCGGCGAAGAAUCUUUCAGAUGAGUAUAUAGGGAUCCUGGACAAGUAUCUGCUGACAGAACCUCUUGCGCUUGCUGAGGCGGAUGUUGACUUUCUUACUUGUCAGAAUGUUCCGGUGCCGCUUCUCACCCUCAUUAGGGCGUAUAAAACAAAGGUCUCAGAUGAGAGGCAAAGGAAGGAGGAUGAGAGGCAGCGGCAGAAGGAAGAUGCGGAGGCAAAGAGGCGGAGGGACGAGGACGAGAGGCAGCGGCUGAGGGAGGAGGCGGAGGCGAAGAAGCAGAAGGUAGCCCCCGAUAUGUCAAUUCUGAUUCUGGAACGCCUGAUCGGGACCCUGCCAGCGACUUCCCCGACCAUCGAGGACUUGAGCCAGUUCCUUCUCAGCACGCUCGAGAAGGUGCCGGUGACAUUGCAGGUGUUCCAGUCCCUGAAUCGUGAUGUCGGGGGGACCGACUAUGUCCGCGUGUGCACAGAGCAGGAGACGGCGAAUAUCGUCGCCACGUUUUCGACCCGGAUUGAGGAGAUUAUCCACACUUCUGGCACCGAAGAGCUCACGGCGUACGCUGUCACCAAGCUGCUCUUCGAUGUCCUGUACCAGAUUGAUCGCAGAAUGAGGCCGCCCCUGCAGCUGGGCCUUGUCUACGAUAAGAACGCGACGACCAAGAACACGUGGAGCGUCCCCAACAUUGAGAGCACAAGGCCUGACGGGACGCUGACAGCAGCAUAUACGCUUCUGCUCGCGGGGGAAGAGAAGCCAGAGGACGAACCGCUCGCCAGCGCGCUCAGGGACGUCAAGAAGAAAUUUAACGAGCCAUUCUCGUCCAUCCACUACGGGCGGCUUGACUACAUCCCAGCAUACGCCGCCGCCGGAAAGCGAGUCCAGUGGUUUGCCAUCAAGACUCAGACUGCGGAGCUCGUUCCGAUUCUGGACGAGAUCGAUUUCAGCACCGAGCACGGCCGCGCCAAGCUGCUCUUGGUCGUCGUCAACAUCUACAAGCUGCUCCUGAAGCUGAAAGAGUACCUGCCAAAGGAACACGGUGGACUUCAAAUGUUCAAGAAAAAGACUCGACACGGUCAAGCUACCGUGACUCCGACCCACAACAGCAUCGUCAAGGUCAUCUACAACGCGCCGGACUACCUCCAAAGGGCGGCUACCAGCUUUGCGAUCGUGACCGCAGCUUACGAUGCCGCAAAGACGACUACGCACAUCGUGCACGCGGUGAAGGGGCCUUUCUUGGAUGCUGCUACCGGUACUUACCGCGUCGUCACCCGGCCUCUUGGGAUGCCGGUGCAAGCAAACAAUGAGGAGGAGAUCCGCCAGAUCGCGCAUGACCUCCUGCAUGCGCUUGUCGUCCUCCACAACGCGUCCAUUUGCCACCGGGAUCUCCGCAAGCCCAAUAUCUGUUCCUACAAGGACUCUUCCCCGCGCCUGAAGCACAUGCUUAUCGACCUGGAGUCCGUCGCUCACGUAGGGGACCCUCCCCCGCUGGAUCGCUUCGACUCAUGGGAGGACGCCACUCUGGUUAAUGGUCAAUACGUUGAAGCCUCCGACUUGUUUCAAUUAGCAAAAGUGUUGAAGGAGUUGGCUGUCGAUGCAGGCCUAGUUUUGUCACAGCAAGGCCGCCAGUUCCUCCACAUGCUGAGCAGUAAAGCUAGAAGUGCAUCGUCCCUACUCGACGAGCAGUGGGUGGCUUGUAACUGCGACCGUGGAGUCUCGUUUUCGCAGGACUAGGUCCAUCGGAUAACCGGCUGCUCUGAACUGGAUGUCAUCAAGUGGUUUGCCCCCUGCCUGGUUACAUGGUGUCAGAAAUCCUGCUUCGAACGGUCAGAACAUGCACCGUUGGCCCUGACAUCGUCAGUGGUGCAAGGUCGUCAGCAGUGCAAGAAUAACGCUUCUCUGAAUUGCAACUGACAUUAUUAUUGGCAGCCCGUGUUUGGCUGCUGUCCGUAGUGAGUCGUGUCAAGCCGGGAUAUUGUGAUGAUGCAAC